GCUACUGGCUCACAUUCAGCCUGCGACUCUGUGUUCACUGUGGGGUCAGGGGACACAAGCCAACUCAGGAGGAGGGACCAGUAUGUGGAUUUCCAAGGAGGAACCAAAAGGGAUCGUCCACCUCCGUGCGCCUCCACGCUUGGACCGCUCGUCUCCGCUAUCAUGAGAACCCUUAACAGUUAAAACCACUAGACACUCACUCGUGUGCUUUCGAUUUUGACUCUUCCCCACCCGACCCAUAACUGCUUGGCCAUAACAUUUUCAGGAUCUAAAGAGAGUAAUCCGUACCCGAGGAUCCAAUUGCAGAAGGAGCGCGCGGAGGAAGAGUAAGGACAGCUGAGUACUGGUCCCCGGGCUGGGGCACACGCACCACGUUGCCAUGGCAUCUGAACCCAUCAUGUUGGUCCCCAUGUGUUUGGUGGAAAACAAGGAUGAGGAGAUGUCAGUGAACGAGAAAGCCUUAAAGAUUCUUUACAAGAUUUCUCAACCAGUGGUGGUUGUGGCCAUCGUUGGGCUGUAUCGCACAGGAAAAUCCUAUUUGAUGAACUGUCUUGCAAGAGAAAAGUGUGGUUUCCCUCUGGGCUCCACGGUGCAGUCGGAAACCAAAGGCAUCUGGAUGUGUUGUGUGCCCCACCCCUCCAACCCCAACCACACCCUAGUCCUUCUGGACACUGAGGGCCUGGGUGAUGUGGCAAAAGGUGAUCCUAAGAAUGACUCAUGGAUCUUUGCCCUGGCUGUGCUUCUGAGUAGCACUUUCAUCUAUAACAGCAUGAGCACUAUCAACAAUGAUGCCUUAGAGAAACUGCAUUAUGUGACAGAGUUGACAGAACUCAUCAGGGCAAAGUCUUCUCCUAGACACGGUGGAGUAGAAGAUGCCACAGAGUUUGUGAGUUUCUUUCCAGACUUUAUCUGGGUCUUACGGGAUUUCACCCUGGAGCUGAAGUUAAAUGGCCAACCUAUCACAGAAGAUGAGUACCUGGAAAAUUCCUUGAAGCUGAUUCCAGGUUUAAAUCCAAAAGCUAAAAUUUCCAACAUACCCAGGGAGUGUAUCAGGCGUUAUUUUCCAAAACGGAAGUGUUUUGUCUUUGACCGGCCAACAAAAGACACAAGUCUCCUAGCCAAAAUUGAGAAUAUUUUGGAAAGCCAACUGGAUCCUAAAUUCCGGCAACAAUCAGAUAAUUUCUGUUAUUAUAUCUCCACCCAUGCAAAGACCAAGACCCUCAGGGAAGGAGUCAAGGUCACGGGGAAUCGGUUGGGGACUCUGGUGGUGACUUACAUAGAUACCAUCAAUAAAGGAUCAGUGCCUUGUUUGGAGAACGCGGUGACAACUCUGGCCCAGCUUGAGAACUCAGCGGCUGUGCAGAAGGCAGCUGACCACUACAGCGAGCAGAUGGGCCAGCGAGUGAUCUUUCCCACAGAUACGCUCCAGGAAUUGCUGGACCUGCACGCAGCCUGUGAGAGGGAAGCCAUUGCAAUCUUCCUGGAGCACUCUUUCAAGGAUGACCAGAGGGAGUUUCAGAAGAAGCUCAUGGAAAUCAUAAAGAAUAAGAAGGAGAGUUUAUUGCUGAAGAAUGAAGAGGCUUCUGAGAAAUAUUGCCAAUAUGAACUUGAUCAGCUUUCAGUGGCCCUAAUGGAAAGUAUUUCAGAUGGAACUUUCUCUGUUUCUGGAGGGCACAAGAACUACAGGAGAGCAAAGGAAAGGAUUGAACGGCAAUAUUGGGAAGUACCCAGAAAAGGAGUGAAGGCAACAGAGGUCUUCCAACGCUUCCUGACAUCACAAGUGUCAAUAGAGAAAUCCAUCCUGCAGGCAGAUAAAGCCCUGACCCAAGGGGAGAAGGCCAUAACAGGUAUGGGGCAUGAUGCAACUCUCAGUGUGAUCCAAGAGGAAUUGCUUAACGAAGGAUUCAGGAAGAAAUCUGAUGAAAUGGAGGCAGAGAUAAAUCGUCUGAAAAAUUUGAUUGAAAGUACUAAAAAGGAUAAAACUCCCUGGAUUGCACGGGCCCUGGACACACUUGCUGAUGGACUCACUGCAACCCUAGCUAUCCCUGGUAAACUAAUUGGCAAGGGUCUGAAUGCUUUGAGCUCACUGUUUAAAUAAGAUUAGUUUUCUUUAAAGAAAAUUAUAAAAUGUGUAUAUAUGCUCUGCCCUAUUUUUGGUGUGUAUGGUUUUUAAUUUUACUCACAAAAGUUUUAAACAUAAAAAGUGCCUACUAGAGGAUUUUAGUGCCUGACAUACAUUGAUAGAUUGAGAGUUGGUUUUAUUCAUUUAAAUUGAAAAACAAGCAUCAAUUUAUAACAGAAGUUGGCAAACUUGGCCUACAGACUAAACCUAUCCUGCUGCCUGUUAUUGUAAAUAAAGUUUUUUUGAAACACCACCACAUGCAUUUAUUUACAUAUUGUCUAUGGCUAUUUUUAUACCACAAGAGUAGAGUGAAGUAGUAAGAGCAAUCACUGUA